AAGUAAUUAACAAAAACCACAAAACUAAAACGCACUAAUCCCAUUAUCCCACGAUCAAUCAUCAGCACAAACUAAAAUAACAACUCCCCUGUUUCUCUCUCUACACACAUUCCCACGUUCCUUCCCCCCCAUUAAACCCCCUUCUUAUAUUACUUAAAGUCUCUGUUUUUUGAGUUAAAAUUUGAAGAAACAGAGUUGUUAUUGUUUUACAGAAGAGAGAUAUGAGAGGAGGAGAUAUAGAAAGCAGAGGAGAAAAAAACAGGGGAAGCAAUCAUGCUUCUUCCUAUGCUGUCGAAGACACAGAUACGCCGUGGAUUUCUUGGUUGAUUCCUUUGUUUGUGGUGGCUAAUGUUGUUAUGUUUGUUAUUGUCAUGUAUUUCAACAAUUGUACGAAAAGUAAUCAGGGGUGCGUAGCUAGGUUUCUUGGAAGGUUUUCUUUUCAGCCCUUGAGGGAAAAUCCUCUGUUUGGACCUUCUUCUUCAACGUUGGAGAGGCUGGGUGGUCUUGAAUGGAAGAAAGUGGUCCAUCAACAUCAAGGAUGGAGGCUUGUCACGUGUAUCUGGUUACAUGCCGGUGUUAUUCAUCUGAUCGCGAAUAUGUUGAGUCUUGUAAUUAUUGGCAUACGCCUUGAACAGCAAUGUGGCUUUGUGCGCAUUGGAAUUAUAUACUUGUUGUCUGGCAUUGGCGGGAGCAUACUAUCUUCUUUGUUUAUCCAGAGGAACAUCUCUGUUGGUGCUUCAGGGGCACUAUUUGGCCUACUUGGAGCUAUGCUUUCAGAGCUUAUUACGAAUUGGUCAAUUUACACUAACAAGGUUUGUGCACUCUUGACGCUUUUGGUGAUAGUUGCCAUCAAUCUAGGAGUUGGAAUCUUGCCUCAUGUGGAUAAUUUUGCUCACAUUGGUGGAUUCUUGACUGGAUUUCUCCUUGGCUUUGUUCUGCUUCCACGCCCUCAACUAGGGUGGAUGCAACGUCGCAAUCUUCCAGCUGGUGUUCGUGUGAAUUCCAAAUACAAGGCUUACCAAUAUGGACUGGGGCUUGUUUCUCUUGUUCUGCUAGUAGCAGGGUUUACCAUCGGACUGGUGUUGCUGUUCCGAGGGGUUAAUGGAUAUGAUCACUGCCAUUGGUGUCACUACCUCAGCUGUGUUCCAACCUCUAGAUGGAAAUGUGAUGGAAAUUAACUAGAGAUGCUUGCAUAAUUUGGCCUGUAAAGCAGUAGUUAAAUCAUUUGUGUUUUUUUUAGCAUGUUGUCUUCUUUUUAGUUUUUACCACUAGAUAUCUACAUUUAGUUUGUCUUUAUUCAUUUACUGUUUUCCCCUUGUGAAACAAAUGAUUCUUAGUAUAUAAUUUCUGUUGGUGAUUUAGCCCUUGGCUUUUCAA